CUACACCUACUAUUUUCCGGCUGGUGCAAGAUGGCUGAGCCUUUAGGUGAGGAGUAUCCGACUGAAAUCCACGAGUUCCUGGUGGGCUUCGAGGAGUCCCUGAAAUCCGCCGACGGGACACUGAAGACGUUGAUGUCGGUGCCCCGGAGUGAGCUGCUGCAGAAGCUGGGCCCUCUUGAGCAAGCCAAGCUGGAUUUGGCCUCUGCUUAUGCAUUGAAUUCAAUGUUUUGGAUAUAUCUGAUCACACAAGGAAUCAACCCCAAAGAGCAUGCUGUCAAACAGGAAUUGGAGCGGAUAAGAACCUACAUGAACAAAGUGAAAGAAAUAACAGACCAUCAGAAGGCGUCGAGACUGGAUAAGGGAGUGGCCUCGCGCUUUGUCCGACAUGCACUGUGGGAGGCAAAGCCAGAAGGACGGUCAAAAACGCCAUCCAAAUCCCCCCAUCAUUGAUAAUGCAAGAAAGAAAAAAAAUCAGCUUUGUCAGAAUAAACGAAGAGGAAUUUAGAGAACUUUCUCUAUCAUGCCACUGGGUGUCAGUAAUGUUUAACAACAUUUAAAGCUGCUUUUUGUUUUUAAAAAUCCAAAAAAGAAGCUACAUACUAAAUCUAAAUGGAUCAGACUUUAUUCUUUGAAUUGACAAGAAAGCUGGUCACUGCAGGCAUGAGCAAUAUUGUUCUUCAAGUGUGACAACUCAGAACUUUUUUAAUUUAAAGAAACUUAAUUUUUUUUUAAAGAACCUAUGGAGUUGUUUGGAGUUGAUUGCAUUUAUUAAGGUUAUCAUUUUGUACUUUUUAUAAUGGAAGGUUGUUUCCAAUAUGAUAUGAGUACUUCAGUACAUUCUGUGAUGGUUUGAUGGACAACCUAGGAAAUGUAUGCUCUCCCUCUUUAAGUGGUAUCACCCUCAUCCAACCCCCAACUCUCUUUGUUGGAUAAAGAGCCAAAUCAUUUAUGAUUUUAGUGAAUAAAAGAAACUCCGCAGGUCUGGCAGAAUCUGUGGAGAGAGAGAUAGAAAAGAAUUAAUGUUUUGAGAGCUGCGGUUCUGACCACAUGUCAUGUCACGCUCAAAGGUGAUUCUAUUCCUCUACGAGGAUGGAGCCAACCCUCCUGAGGUUCUCCAGCACUUUUGUUUUCUCACUUCUCCCAAAUCCCUUGAUUUUAUUUUAAACAAACUUUAGCAAUUCAUAUGUGACACAUAUUUGAACAGUCAUCCCCCUCUAGAGCUUGUGAUCUGAAAACCUCUUUUUAUUUCAUUACCAACUCAAUUGUUUUAAUGUAUAUGUCCCUUUUUAGGCUGAGACCUGAAUUCAAGUCCUAACAUCUCAUGAGCAAGUUGGUUAGAAACUUCAAGGCAUCUCGUAUUUUCCUGAUGACGGAAAUGGCAUAGUCAAGUCCUGCAUGUUGGGUGAAUUUGGUGUUCUGAUUUGUACUUUGUAACCAACAUCAGACCUCUGGGGUGUUUACAUUGGUUUGUUUGAGAAACAACAGGUUCCAUUUAUAAUAGUGGUACUGCUCAAGGGGGUCAGCGGAAGUGACUUGGAUUUGCUUGGUGUGCUAGAAUGGGGUUGGUCAUCACCCAAUUGUCUGUUCUAAUCUUAAAAUCUGCUUUUGUGUCCUCCUUGCUACCAGUAGCCAGCAGCUUGAUUUGAGGCCUUCAAAAAUGAAUUUCUUUACAUCAAAACAGGAAGAAGCCAUUCAGCCCCUCAAGUCUAUUCCUGGCAUCCAACAAGAUUAUGGUCACUAGUCAUCUCGGGUUCAAGAAUGAUUGAGUAAGCAAGCAUACUGUUUUUUUUUGUGGGACAGCUAUCUUCACUUUUGAGCAAAUAUGUGAUUUCCAACUUUUUCUCUCUUCAAUGGCCUGGGAAGAAAAAAAUCUGCCCUGUCAUCCCCUUUAUUCUAAUAAACCUCAAUUCAGUCACUACUUAGCCUUCUCUUUACAGUGACCACACCCUUAUUUGUGUAAUCUUUCUUCACGAUCCAAGUCUCGAUGCUGGUAACGUUUCAGUGAGUUAGCAUUCUUUGCAAAAUCACUUUCAUUUCAAAUGUGCAGUGUCCAGAAGUAUAUUCAGAACUCCAGAUAGAAUCUAAUCAAAGCUUUUUAUGUGCAUCCCUUUAUACUGUAGCCCUUUGGGUAUUGAAGUGAAUAUUCCUUUAAUUUUUUUUUUGAUUAUUUAUACUUGACUAUAACUUUAAUGAUUUUGAGGGCACGGACUCAAAUCUUUUCAAACCUUUUUUUUCCCAAAUUUCAGCAGACUUGGUUUAUCUCAUUUGGUGCACCAAGAGUUCUGUCCCUUUCUGUAAUUUACUUCGGAGAGUUGUACUAUGAAAUUUCUGUAUUUAAACAUUAAAGACUUUGACAGGGUA